UCCACGGUCACUCUGGUCGCCGUGGUCGCUCUUUCCUGUCGAAACGCCGUUGCAAGGCGUAGUGUUUUUUUGGUCCCGCGAGAAAAUCUCCAAACAUCCAAAAUGGUCAACUUCACCGUCGACGAAAUCCGUGGCCUCAUGGACAAGAAGCGGAACAUCCGCAACAUGUCCGUGAUUGCCCACGUUGACCACGGCAAGUCCACCCUGACCGAUUCGCUCGUGUCCAAGGCUGGUAUCAUUGCCGGAGCCAAGGCCGGUGAGACCCGUUUCACCGACACCCGCAAGGAUGAGCAGGAGCGCUGCAUCACCAUCAAGUCGACCGCCAUCUCCAUGUACUUCGAGGUGGAGGAGAAGGAUCUGGUGUUCAUCACCCAUCCCGAUCAGCGUGAGAAGGAGUGCAAGGGUUUCUUGAUCAACCUGAUCGAUUCGCCCGGUCACGUUGAUUUCUCCUCUGAGGUGACCGCCGCUCUCCGUGUGACCGACGGUGCCCUCGUCGUGGUCGAUUGCGUCUCUGGCGUGUGCGUCCAGACCGAGACUGUGCUGCGUCAGGCCAUCGCUGAGCGCAUCAAGCCCAUCCUGUUCAUGAACAAGAUGGACCGCGCUCUGCUCGAGCUGCAGCUGGAUGCCGAGGAGCUGUACCAGACCUUCCAGCGCAUCGUGGAGAACGUGAACGUCAUCAUUGCCACCUACAACGAUGAUGGUGGCCCAAUGGGUGAGGUGCGCGUGGACCCCUCCAAGGGAUCCGUGGGCUUCGGUUCCGGUCUGCACGGCUGGGCCUUCACCCUCAAGCAGUUCUCCGAGAUGUACUCCGAGAAGUUCAAGAUCGAUGUGGUGAAGCUAAUGAACCGUCUCUGGGGAGAGAACUUCUUCAACGCCAAGACCAAGAAAUGGCAGAAGCAGAAGGAGGCCGACAACAAGCGCUCGUUCUGCAUGUACAUCUUGGACCCCAUCUACAAGGUGUUCGAUGCCAUCAUGAACUACAAGAAGGAGGAGAUCGGUACCCUGCUCGAGAAGAUCGGCGUGACCCUGAAGCACGAGGACAAGGACAAGGAUGGCAAGGCUCUGCUGAAGACCGUGAUGCGCACCUGGCUGCCAGCCGGUGAGGCUCUGCUUCAGAUGAUUGCCAUCCAUCUGCCGUCGCCGGUGGUUGCCCAGAAGUACCGUAUGGAGAUGCUGUACGAGGGUCCCCAUGACGAUGAGGCCGCCGUUGCCGUCAAGUCUUGCGACCCCGAGGGUCCCCUCAUGAUGUACAUUUCCAAGAUGGUGCCGACCUCCGACAAGGGUCGUUUCUACGCCUUCGGACGUGUGUUCUCCGGCAAGGUCGCCACUGGCCAGAAGUGCCGCAUCAUGGGCCCCAACUACACCCCCGGCAAGAAGGAGGAUCUGUACGAGAAGGCCAUCCAGCGUACCAUCCUGAUGAUGGGUCGUUACGUCGAGGCCAUCGAGGAUGUGCCCUCUGGCAACAUCUGUGGUCUGGUCGGUGUCGAUCAGUUCCUGGUCAAGACCGGUACCAUCACCACCUUCAAGGAUGCCCACAACAUGAAGGUCAUGAAGUUCUCCGUGUCCCCUGUGGUGCGUGUGGCUGUGGAGCCCAAGAACCCCGCCGAUCUGCCCAAGCUGGUGGAGGGUCUGAAGCGUCUGGCCAAGUCCGAUCCUAUGGUGCAGUGCAUCAUCGAGGAGUCCGGAGAGCACAUCAUUGCCGGUGCCGGUGAGCUGCAUUUGGAGAUCUGUCUGAAGGAUCUGGAGGAGGAUCACGCUUGCAUCCCCCUGAAGAAGUCCGACCCCGUGGUGUCCUACCGUGAGACCGUGUCGGAGGAGUCCGACCAGAUGUGUCUGUCCAAGUCGCCCAACAAGCACAACCGUCUGCUGAUGAAGGCCCUGCCCAUGCCCGAUGGUCUGCCCGAGGACAUUGACAACGGCGAUGUGAGCUCCAAGGACGAGUUCAAGGCCCGUGCCCGUUAUCUGUCUGAGAAGUACGAUUACGAUGUGACCGAGGCCCGUAAGAUCUGGUGCUUCGGCCCCGACGGAACCGGACCCAACUUCAUCCUCGACUGCACCAAGUCCGUGCAGUACCUGAACGAAAUCAAGGAUUCCGUUGUCGCUGGUUUCCAGUGGGCCUCCAAGGAGGGUAUCCUCGCCGACGAGAACUUGCGCGGUGUCCGCUUCAACAUCUACGAUGUGACGCUACACGCUGAUGCCAUCCAUCGUGGAGGUGGCCAGAUCAUUCCAACCACUCGUCGUUGCCUGUACGCCGCCGCCAUCACCGCCAAGCCUCGUCUGAUGGAGCCCGUCUACCUGUGCGAGAUCCAGUGCCCCGAGGUGGCCGUCGGAGGUAUCUACGGUGUGCUCAACAGGCGUCGUGGACACGUGUUCGAGGAGAACCAGGUUGUGGGAACUCCCAUGUUCGUGGUUAAGGCAUACCUGCCCGUCAACGAGUCGUUCGGCUUCACCGCCGAUCUGCGCUCCAACACCGGUGGCCAGGCCUUCCCCCAGUGCGUCUUCGACCAUUGGCAGGUGCUGCCCGGUGACCCGAGCGAGCCCUCCAGCAAGCCCUACGCCAUUGUCCAGGAUACGCGCAAGCGCAAGGGUCUCAAGGAAGGUCUGCCCGAUCUGUCCCAGUACUUGGACAAGUUGUAAGGCACCACUCAACACCACCACCACCCAAUCGCAACCCCCCACACAAGAACAUCCAUGUGCAGCUGGCUGAGCGGGAGGAACAUAGAACAAAGUGGAGCGACCGAAAACAACAUCUAAUUUCCGCACGGCACCUGAAACAACGCCUGCGGCCGCCGGCAGUGUUUUAAUCGAAAACACAAAACAUUAAAGAAAUUUUGAUGAUUAUUAAUUGUAUAACAGUAAAACACAACAUAAUAAAUCAAGUAAAUGA